AGACGCCAUUUCACUGUAGAGGAUCGAAGUUUGCCCAGUGCACUAGCACGUGUGCUUUCAUUUUAACAAUCCAAAUAGAAUUUUUGCUCGUUUAACUGUUGAACAAAUAAAUAAAUCAAGCUAAUCAAGUAAGGGAUAUAUUUCAAAGAGAUUUGAACCUUCAUCUCCAUGUUUAUAUAUAUAUAUAUAUAUAUAUGUUGAUGUAUAUGUAUACUGUAUAUAAAAAAGCUAUCUUUCUUUUGAUUUAAACCAUAGAUGUUUUUUAUCUCUAAGAUAUGGGACAGUCAAAAGUAAGAUCUGUUGGCAUCUCUAUGUUCGCUAUGACUUUAUUGGUAGCUGUUCCAGCAAUUGCCUUGUUUAUUUGGUUAAGUACCACAGGUUUUAAAGACAUGACAGGAAUCAGUUUGUCAAUUUUGUUGACUAUUUUUGCUGUUUUACAGGUGAGAUAUAUUAUAGAAAUCUAAAACUUUAAUAUGAUUAUUAUCUUUCAUUUAAAGGGUUUAGCUGGUUUUAUAUUGUGGAAAAAAACUGGAUCGUUUGAAAAACUUCAUAACCAACUUUCAAAUCCAAUUUAUAGUUAAAAACAAAAGUGACUAACAAAACCUACUUGUUUAUUCUGCCAUAUUCUAGUUUGUUCCACAUUUAUAGUAGUUUCAAUAAAACAGAGCUGUCUUAUCAAACUCUCCAGAAACAAUAAACAGAUAUGUAACUAAAUCCAUGAUAAAAGACUAUUACGUUAAUUAGUGAGUUGAUUAGAAGUAAAUAUACACUGUUAUCAUUUUCACUUUCGCUUACUCUCCCUUUAUCCUGAAUCAGUACGUGUCAUCCAAUAUUCUUUAUGUGCUAAACAAACUUAACCCACUUGAGAAACAAUAAAAUAAAUAUGCCCAACCAACAUCCCUCUCUUCCUUAGUAUUUUAAACUCUUCCAGAAUUUUAGUGCGUUUCCGAUAGGUGGCGUUGUUUUGAGAUUACAACGCCAAUUCUCUGCAUCAUCGCUCAUAUCCGAUUCUUAGAUAUAUUCGAACAAAAAUUGGUCGGUAAUCUUCGCCUUUGGUAGCUAUAAUAUUUAAGAAAUUCAAGGAAUAUUUGGAUGUAGUACCUUUUCACAACUUUCAAUUAUGGAAGCUAUAAAUGAUCAUAAACAUUUGGUAAAUGGCGAAUCUGAUUCAGGUUCGAGAAUGCAGUCGCCUACGGUCAGGCAUUUUAUUACAACUAUGUUAUCUAUUUGUGCAAAUCGAGAGUGUUUGUUGAAUAUUAAGGCUUGUUUUCCCUUAAAAGUGUACUUUGAUUCAAGUAAAUUUUGUAUGUAGACGAUUAGCCGGUUGUUCAUAUACUCUGUCCAUAUUCUUUUUAUUACCUUAACACAUAUGUGGUAUAUUCUUCUAUAGCACGUACAUUUUUCAAUCGAACUUUAUAAUAAAUAAUUCACGAUAGAGCCUACCGUCUAAGGCAUUUUUCACGAAGGUCACAUGAUCAAAGGACCGUUGUUAAACUACUAAGAUAAUAAUAUGUUGUGUAACACACUGUUGAGACAGGAUACGCAUGAGAGACCUUCGUGUACUUUUUAGGUAUUUCCUCAUUUAAAAACAGGAAGGUCUAUUGAGAAAUUUUGCAGUUUGUGUGUUAAGUCGACAUAUGUUUACUAAUGCGGAAUUCAAUAAACUAUGCAGGGUAAAAAAAGCAUCUGCAUCUGCUCAAUGAAAUUAUAUAUAUACCAAAGCGUAUUAUAUAAUUCACCUUUAAAAUGAUAAUUUCAUGGCUAACUGCAAAAUCGCAAAUAAUUUGUUCAUUUUUUUUAUAAAUGAUCGCUAUUUGAGUGAAUACUUUAAGUGAUCAAUUAGUGUUAGAUGAAACUUACAAUUGUGUAUUGUUGUCGCAUAGUAAUUUGGUAAGAAGGAGACCGCGUAUACAUUUUCCUUAUUUCUCAUUUUGAUUGUUUGGCUUGGCCGAGAUAUUUGUUAGUAAUUUCAGGAUCCUCUGAAAGAAUGUGUGGGCGUGGUGCAUGCAUUCAAGCACCUACUUAAUUUUUUUAUCUUUAGCAGGCUGAUAGAGUCAGUAGUUUUUUAAAAGCUGCUCGUAACGGUAAUUUGGAGAAAGUAAUUGUCUAUUUAGACAGUGGAAUAGAUGUCGACAUAAGUAAUAACACCGGAUUAAACGCACUUCACCUUGCUUCAAAGGAAGGUUACUCUGCCGUUGUUGAAGAGCUUUUAAACCGCAAGGCUAAUCUAGAUGCCCCUACGAGAAAAGGAAAUACGCCCCUGCAUAUUGCUUCCCUCGCCGGUAAACAUAAUAUUGUGGAGACACUCCUGCGAAAUGGAGCCAAAGUGAAUGUUCAAUCUCAAAAUGGAUUUACUCCUCUAUAUAUGGCAGCCCAAGAAAAUCAUGCGGCUGUCGUUGCCCUACUUCUUCAAAAUGGGGCCAGUCCUACUCUCACAACAGACAAUGGCUUUACGCCCCUAUCUAUUGCUUUGCAACAAGGACAUAAAAAAGUGGUCGAAGAACUCAUUCAAACCGACAGAUCACGUAAAGUGAAAUUGCCAUCUUUACACUUGGCGGCAAAGAAUAACAACACUAGCGCUGUCCAAUUAUUCUUGAAUUCUCCAGAUGCUGAUCCAAACCUAGCGUCAAAGGGUGGAUUCACUGCUUUGCAUAUAGCCUCCCAUUAUGGUAGCGAAGAUGUCGGACGCAUGCUUAUUGAGCGAGGAGCUAACCUCGAUUACAGAGCAAAGAACAAUAUUUGUCCACUACAUGUCGCAUCAAAGUGGAACAGAGCAGGCAUGGUUAAACUUUUACUUGAUAAUGGAGCGGAUAUUUCCAGCAGUACUAAGGACCUAUUAACCGCUCUGCAUUGCUCAUCCCGAUCCGGCCAUUCGUCCGUAGUAGAGCUCUUAUUAGAGUUUAAUGCACCUGUCGAUGCUAGAACUAGGAAUAAAUUAACACCCUUACACAUGGCUGCCCAAGGAAAUCAUUAUGAUACAGGUCGCUUGCUAAUUUUUAAAGGGGCACCCAUAGAGGAAGUUACUAUAGACUACUUAACUCCAUUGCAUGUGGCUUCUCAUUGUGGCAGUUAUGAGAUGGCAAAGCUACUAUUAGAUAGUAGAUGCGUUGUUGAUGCUCGAGCCAGGAAUGGUUUCACACCUCUUCAUAUCGCUUGUAAAAAGAAUAAACCAAGGAUUAUAGAACUUUUAUUAAAAUAUGGUUCGAUGAUUGAUAGCACCACUGAGACCGGAUUGACACCUUUGCACGUUGCCUCUUGGUCCGGACAUAACCAAAUUGUGUCAUACCUAAUUGAACAGAGAGCCAACCCGAAUCAGAAAACUAACCGGGGAGAAACCUGCUUGCACAUGGCCGUUAGAGGAAAACAAUUAGAAACGACUAAGCUGCUAAUUAAGAGUGGCGCUCAAGUGAACGCCACAGCUAAUGAAAACGAGACAGCCCUUCAUAUUGCCGCUAAGUUAGGCGAUCCAGAGAUGACAGAAUGUUUACUUUAUCAUGGAGCUGACGUAAACGCUGUUACAAAUGGUAACUACACUGCUCUACAUAUCGCUUCAAGAGAAGGAAACGAUCGCGUAGUUGAAGUUUUAUUGAAUAACAAGGCUGCUAUUAAUAGUUUUACAUCUCAAAAGUUUACUGCCUUGCAUUUGGCAGCUAAGAAAGGACAUACAGAUGUAGCAAAAAUACUCCUUAAAAAAGGAGCAAAGGUAGACGCCGUUGGAAAAAAUAACUUGACGCCACUCCAUGUAGCCGCCCAUUAUAAUAAAAUUGAUGUUGCUGUUUUAUUACUUGAACGUGGAGCAUCUCCAAAUUCUCAAGCUAAGAACGGUAUGACACCUCUUCAUAUCGCUGCUAAGAGGAAUGAAUUGGCGCUGGCAAAUAUACUUAUAAAUUACAAAGCAAACACCAAUGCUAAAACAAAGAACGGUUUCACCCCGCUGCACGAAGCUUCCCAGCAUGGACAUCGAGACAUGGCAGCUCUUUUAUUAGAAAAAGGUGCUGACGUUAAUUUCGCUAGCAACAAUGGACUUCGUCCUAUGCAUCUAUGUGCACAAGAAGAUCAUGUACCGGUGGCCGAAGUUCUUGUUAAAUAUCAUGCACAGAUAGAUCCUCAAACCAAAGCUGGAUAUACUCCUUUGCACACUGCUUGCCAUUUCGGACAGAUUAAUAUGAUUAAAUUUCUACUUGAUCAAAAAGCAAAUAUUCAUUCGACGACGAAGAUCGGUUAUACUCCGUUGCAUCAGGCAGCUCAACAAGGUCAUGUCCUUGUUAUUAACUACUUGCUUAAAUAUAGAGCAAACCCAGACUCAGUUUCGCAAACGGGACACACCCCACUUUCGAUAGCGCAAAAGUUAGGCUAUAUUUCAGUUAUAGAAGCUUUGAAAAGGCAGACGAGCGUUGUGGCAAAUCCCGACGACCAUUACUAUAAACACUAUCAGCCAGAGGAAAUGGCUGAAGAUGGUGAAAUGUCAGAUUCGGACGGCGAUGAAGAUGCUUUCGACACGGGAGUUAAACCACAUGAGAUGAGCUAUAUGUAUGGAACUAUGUCCCCAAUUCGGGGAGGAACACUUUCAGAGAGAUCCCAUCCUUCCUCCUUUUAUCAUGACGAUUCUAUUUACUCCCAUACGGAGCAUGACGAAGUUUUUCCACAGGAAGACCAUAUGGUUUCUGAUUUCCAACAAAUGGACUAUGCAGCAAUGAGCGAAUCUAGACUGAUGUCUAAUUCAUAUUCGCGAAUGUCUUUCAAUUCUAGUUUCGACCCCGAUAACGUUGUUACCAAACCACCAAACGUUUCUGGAUUUCUUAUUUCUUUUGUUGUCGAUGCUGUGGGGGGCGCAAUGACUGGAUGUCGUCAUUCAGGAAUUCGCAUUAUUAUACCUCCCGGGAGAGCAUGUUCACCAAUUAAAAUUAUAUGCAAAUUAAUCAAAAAAGAAAAACUGAAUUUUCCACCACCUUUGAUGGAAAAUGAAGGCCUGGCUAGCCGAAUUUUGGAAAUGAGUCCUAGUGGCUAUCAAUUUGCUGGAGAUGUUAUUAUCGAAAUUCCACACUUUGCUUCACUCAGACAAGGUGAGAGGGAAAUAGUCAUCUUAAGGAGUGAUGAUGGAGAGACCUGGAAAGAGCAUGGUGUAGAUACGACGGCUGAAGUAAUGGAAAAGAUAAUAGAAGGCAGUUUCGACGAGCUUGAAGCCGCUGAAAAAAUCUAUCAAAAACGAAUUAGCAGAAUUGUAACAACAAACUUUCCCAAAUAUUUCGCUCUAGUUUCGCGAAUUAAGCAAGACUCGAAAUUAGUUGGAGCAGAAGGAGCCGUUCUAAAAUCCCAUAGCAUACCACAAGUUCAAGUUGCUUUCCCUGCGGGUGCUCUUAAUAAACCGACCAAGCUAAAAUUACAAGUAUACGAGGCGCCAGAUGAUCUUGUUAACAAAAUUUUUGGUCAUGGUCAAUUUGCUUCGAGUCCCAUCGUUACAAUAGAACCACGUAGACGAAAGUUCCAUCAAUAUCUAACUGUAACUUUACCACUUCCUAAAGGACAAAGAGAUCCAUCUCCUUCAUUAAGAUUGUUAUGUAGUAUUGCAGGAGAUAUCCAACCAACCCAGUGGGAAGACAUAACAGACUCACAGCCCUUACAGUUUAGCCCCAACUCUGUUUCCUUUGAGUCUAAGGUUUCUGCUCGAUUUUGGCUUGUAGAUUGCAGAAACAGAGAUGCAGUUUUGGGUAAAGCAUCUGAACUAUACAAGCAAACACUUUCGGUGCCGUAUAUGGCUAAUUUCGUUAUAUUUGCUAAACCCAUGGAAGAUAAUGUGGGUCGAGUUAGAGUUUUCUGUGUGACUGAUGAUAAAAUGGAAAAAACGCUUGAAACCCAAGAAAAUUUCAAAGAAGUAGCUAAGUCGAGAGAUGUUGAAGUGGUAGAAGGUAGAACUUACCUUGAAUUCCAUGGAAAUCUUAACCCCGUGAUGAAGUCUGGUGAUCAACUUGGAUUGACUUUCAGUCCUUUCCGCGAGAAUCGGCUUCCUUUUGCUGUUUGCUUAAAAGAUAGAAAUCAACCAGCUUCCUCAUGCCUCACCUUUAUGAGCAAAUCACGAGCUGCAGCAAGAAGGGAAGCCCUCAAACCAGUAUGCACAUUAACUUUCGAAUUGCCUGGAGGUGUUUCCAAGCAAGUGCCCGAAAUUUCGAUUGAUGCUGCCCAAGAUGGAUUAGAUGAAAUAGAACCAUCUGAGUUAAAACUAACUAGCAUAGCCGAUCUCUUAUCAGAAGAUUGGGAAUCCUUAGCCCGAGAGCUAUCUGCUGAUGAUAAAGUUGAAACUAUUAAGGCCGAUUAUCAAUUUCCCAGUGAAAGAGCACUUGUUUUCCUUCAUUUAUGGUUUAACGGUUCGGAAUCUGAUCCGAAGAUUGAAGAUUUACGACAAGCCUUAAUUAACAUUGAAAGAAAGGAUAUUGUAGACAGCCAUUUUCCUACAACAACCGUUCAACGCAGCGCCAUCACUGGAGAACAAACAGCGUCAUCUGUUGUAGAAUUCUGUCAAGAGAAAAAAGUUCCAACCUCUGAAAGCAUGGAUGAUAGGGUUUCAAUGUCUAGUAAUGAUGAAGAAAUAUUUAAACCUACUUCAGGUAGUUUCACUCACUCCGCUUCGAAAUCUCACUCUAUGAAUAUAAACUGACUGUUCACUUUUCAAUUUGCUUCACUAUCGCUAACUUUAGUUUAAUCUAUAAAAACGAUUUAGAUGACCAAUGGGAAGUAUCAGAGGAAUGGGACGGAUUUAAGUGGAUCGUUAUUGAUAAGGUUUUACGAGAAUCAGGUAGAAAGAUUUAAUAAAGGAAAUUGAGAUGGGAGGGGUACGGCGAUAAGAUAUGACUUUCUAUUUAUAGUUUUUUUUAUUCGUUAAGGCUUGUUAGCAUGCUCUUUUCAUGUUUUUCCUUAAUUGUAUUUAUCAAGAAAUACUAUAAAUAGGUUUAAUCUUCUAUUUUUACAUCUUUUAGGAGAGGAAAUUGUUUCUGAAGCAAAACAGAAGGCUGACCAUGCUUCUCCUUUCGAUGUUAGAGAUGAUUCCCAAAAUAUUACAGGUGGGAGACUUUUAAUUAUUGCCUUCGAUUUUUUUCCUCCUGGAUUUAUUUUUAUUCUUCCUGACUUGUUUCUUUUUUGUGCGUUCCCUAUCGUGCCUCUUUUUCGCACGUGCGCAAGCGAUUAACUAUUUUAAACAGCCUUGUAAUGGAUUACCCGCUCAGAUAGCAUUAGAGUCUACACUGAAACCAUUGAGGGCGAACCACGAGUGGAAGAGCAUAUAGAAGAAUUUGAUGAAACCCUACCGGAUGGUCGAGUUAUUAAACGACGAGUAGUAACUCAAAAACAAGAAAAAUUAGUUACCACUCACAUCCUACUAGAUGGCCCCGAGUCCGAUUUGCCUGAAAUUGUAGAAUCCUAUGAAGAUGAGUGGUCGAGUGAUCAAAAUCCUGAAGUAACUGUAAAUGUUGAACAUCUCCCAGAUGGUGUAACAGUUGAAAGAAGAGUUGAAAAAACUGUUUCUAGAAGCGCUAGGAGGACUGUCCUUGACCAUUUACCGAAAGGUGUUCAACUCGUCUAUCAUCUAAGCUCUAACCAAUUUCUCUUUCCUUUCUCUUAUUUUCUUUUUGAGCCGAAUUUUUAUAUAUUUGCUUUCAUUACACGUAUACUAUUGUUCUAAAUCUAUCUGGAAUGUUGCCUAUAAUAGACCUGCAUUUAUGAUGUUAUAUAUAGUUACUAAUUAUUUGUGGGAUUUUGAAACAGAUGAAGGUGUCGAAUACGAUAACGAAGAGGAAAUGGAUCAUGCUACAGUCGUUUUGAGGCGAGAUGUAACAAAGCAAGUUAGGGAUGGUGAAACGAUAGUACAAGAAGACGUGAAUGUAAUACAAGAAAGCGAAUUACCCGAUGAAUGUUCCCAACAAAUUGAAAACGUUAUAACCGAAUUCACUAAGAAGAGAGAUACUAAUUAGAACACGUGCAUACAUUUUUAUAUUUUGACAAAUUUUUUUUUCUUUUAGACUUGGCUUGAAAAGAAACGCUUUAUCUAUAUUAUUUUACUUUUAAAAGUUGACAAUGUGCUGCAAAGUAACAAAAAAACUGUACGUAGUUGAGAAAAAGAAUACAAAUUUAGUACUAGAUGGCGCUAUGAACGCAUCGACAAUCAGCAAUUGUUAUUCAAAUGGGGGCAUUUGUCGGGAUACGCAGCUAAUGAAGUACAUUAGAGCGGUAGCACUUAUUGGGCGUUUAAGCGUCGGCAGUGGUUUGGACUUCGGCAUUUAGUUUCUAAGUGUAUUCAUAGAUAGUUUAUUGUAUCUAUCUCAAUUGCGCAUGUUUGCUACAAACUUAUAACCACUGACAUUAGAGAUGCGACUAUUGUCGAUAUAACCGAGAGUCCCAAAGUAGUAAAGUAUCUAUUUAGGCCUAAACCCGGCAGCGAACACAGACGAAAAUUUCCUGCGCGUACUGCAAACUGCAAACUGCGCCACAAGCUGCAUUCAUUCAUCGUUGCCCUGGAUCGCGAGCCACACACACUCUCUAUCUCUCUCUCUGUCUGUCUCUCUCUCUCUCUCUCUAUCUCU